AUGGAAAAAUGCCUCGAUCAAGGCGCGAAUGAAGUUAAAUGUCGUCAAAGUACUCUUGAAAUGUUUGGGAAUGCAGGUUUAACAAAAAUAGACGUUAAUCUUCAAAGUGGUAUCGAUAAAUCAGAAACUGGCGGCUUCACAACAAUCGUUAAAAAAGGAACUCGAGACGUUCGAAGUGUUACAAUGAAUAGAACAGACUGCACACUUCCAAAUACUAUAUACUAUGGCGGGCAGUGUCAUUGCAGACUUUUUUUUGAUUUUGGAGAACCAGCUAAAAAAGGUUGUUGGCGCUGCAGACCUAAGUGUUCAAAAGAUGCUCUUUGUACACAAACUGAGGGUUGUAAGUGCCCUAAUUUUACAAUUGGAGAUGGUUAUAGCAGAUGUGAAGUACAUGUUCCAAAAAUAAAGCGCGCAUAUGUUAAAAAAGACAAGAAGGUGAUUUUCGUAGAAAUUAAGCCUAUUAAAUGGUCUUAUCCUCAUGUGGCUUUUUGCAAAUUCGCAAAUACGAUUAUCGAAGGCCAAUUAAUAUCAUCCGAUACAAUAAAGUGCGUUCGAAAUAAGCGUAAAACCAAAAAUACUAAAGUUGAUGUUUCGUGGGAUUCUUUUGCCUUUACCCACCAAAAUCUUCCAAUUUCAGAGCUAGAUACACCAGAUGUUGAUUUCGGACCAAUAAUUUUAUUUAUUAUUGUGUCUUUCAUUGCAUUAGGUGGAUAUUUUAUGUUUGUUUCCUUCUCAAAAGGCCAAACAGAGCAACACUUGAACGAAUACUUCGAUCAAGUUCAGCAAUCGGGAAAAUUGUAA